AUGAGGGUUCAAUACCUGAAGCUGCAUCUGCUAGCCACCUGUGUGCUUACCUUGUGGCUGAUGGUCUUCCUUCUGGACCAGAGGUCUAACCAGAAUGACCUUCGUAAGAUGCCCAGAAAUCGCUCAAAGACCUGCGACUGCCCCCAGAACUCUUUAAGAAAGUGUAUCUGUAAAUCUGAGGUCCAUGAGUGCUCCACCUGCCUCGGCAUUCCUGGAGAGUCUGUCUGGUUUGACGAACGCUUUGAGAUGGACAUUGAGCCCCUGAUGAGGUCAGAAGUGCCCAUGUCCUCUGAUGCUUUGCUAUUGUGGUUGGGCAUGGAGUCAGAGGAGUUUGGGACUCAGAAUCAGCAGCCACCUGAAGGGCCUUCCACACACCCACUGGACCGUGUGGGGUGCUGGACUUGUACAGUGGUUGGAAACUCAAAGUUCCUACCGGGCUCUGGCCUUGGCCUAAAGAUUGACCAACAUGAUGUGGUCCUCAGGAUAAACCAGGCACCUGUCCAAGGCUUUGAGGCGGACGUGGGAAAAAAAACCACUGUGCGUGUUAUGUACCCCAAGAUAGACAGCCCUCAGGAUCCUGGUGCCCAGCUGCUGCUGCUUCCUCUGAAUUCAUCUGGUCUACAGUGGGUCAUGGACAUAGUGCAGAAAGACAGCAUCAUUCAGAAGGCAGAAAAUCCUGGGUAUGGUGGUGGAGGAAAUGGACCUCCUCCAUCUCCCCAGGUCUCAGUGAUCAGCCUGAACUUCUUCCAGUACGUCCAGCAGAGAUGGCUGAGAAAACACGGUCACUUUCCAUCUCUGGGGUUCAUAACUCUGUUGUAUGCCUUGCACACCUGUGACCAGGUAUCCUUGUUUGGUUUUGGGACAGACCAGCUCAUGGGGUGGUCCCAUUACUGGGAUGAUAAAUAUUGGCUCAAGAGCAACAUGCACAGUUUUAAAGAAGAGCAACAGGUCAUCCUUAAGCUGCAGUGUGAGGGGAAGGUUCUGGAGAUCAAUCACACCAUCCUCAAGUGCACCCAUGAGAUCCAGCUGGAUGAUCGGACAAGAACCAGAGUUGGGGACCAAAAAAAGUUAAGGAACCUAGAGAAAUCGUGCUUGUCCCUGAGAACUCUGAGUGCAGAAAAGGCCAGGUAA